CGAGAUUGGAGUCUGUCAAGUUACAUUGACCCACAAGGAAAAAAUACCAAUACUGUUGAAAAACAUAUAUUUCUGUUUCAAAAAAAUUGGACUGGUUAGUCGUGAAUGGAACCAAGGAAACGAACUAUGUAGACAUAAAGUCCCAGAGGCCCGAGAAAGUGUGUAGACUACUUGAGUCAUUCAUCUCUGUGACUUGUACAUCUAAUUAAAAGACUUCAGUUAUGACGGAUAAUGUCAAAGAAAUCCUUCAGGGUAUAGGAAAUGGCAUGAAAGAUGCAUUUGCAGGCACCUUGAAGAUAUAUAGCAUGGACAGUGAGCUGAGUGCUCGUGAGGAAAAAGUAAGAAAGAAAAGAGAAGAGUGGGCACGAUUGAAAGGAAGACCACCACCAAAGAAGGAAGCAGGCGAGACUCGUAUUCUGUUCCGUAUCAUACAGUGUUGUACCUUCAAUGGUGGUGUGUUUUGGUGUAGUAUAGCAAUAUUUAAUAACAUAGUUUUACCGUUAUUAGAAAAAUUAACUUACUACAUAGUUGGUGAUAGUGCAGUUCAAAGUUUAGUUGUGUGGUCAUGGCUGGGACCGAUGUUAUCAUAUACUUUCAGUGCAUUGUGGGUCAUACCACUCUUUCUACUUUCUAAAAUUGUCAAUAGUUUAUGGUUUCAGGACAUAGGAGAUCUUGCCUACAGAAAGUCACGUGGACGUCCACAGAUGCUAGGUUUAAGUACUAUGGUAGCUGAUCUUCUGUUUAGUAUAGUUAUACAGGCAAUAUUCCUGAUUCAGGCUAUGUUUGUUGGAUUGAUACCUCUAUCUGGUAUGGCUACUCUGUUAAGUCUUUUUCAUCUGUGUCUGUUGUAUUCUUUAUAUGCAUUUGAAUACAAAUGGUUUAAUAUGGGUUGGGAAGUUCACAAGCGCAUCCACUACAUCGAGAGUAACUGGCCUUACUUUGUUGGAUUUGGUUUACCUUUAGCUGUGUGCACUUACCUACCCCAGUCACAGAUUGUUAGUGGUUGCGUGUUCUCUAUGCUGUUCCCUUUAUUUAUUAUUAGUGCCAACGAAGCCAGACCACCAAGACAACUAUGUGAGAAAACUAUACGGGUCUUCCAUCUGUCUGUAGAACUUGCCAACAAGAUAUUUCAUAAGACGAUGAGAACACCAAAAUCUGCCACAGAUCAGUCCACUGGUACUGUCACCACGUCAAUAUCAUUGUCAACUAGCUAGAGUUGUACUUUUCUUCUCGCAUCUACUGUGCAUUAUAUAUUGAUAGUCAUGUCAGAGGUGAUAUAAGAUUUGUCAUAUAGAAUACCAUAAUUUGAGGCAUACUCAACUAAACUUUUAUUAAUUUUUCAUUGUCUUUAAGAAGUCCUCUGUGUUAUUUAAAAAUCAACUCAGGACUUCUAGUUAUUUUUGCAUUGAAAGCAUAGUCUUGCUGAUAAGCAUAUAACCACCAUAUUUGCUUC